UUACAUUUGCUUCCGGGCAGAAAGUCUUAAUGAAUGCAAAAUAAGACAUACUUUUUUUUUUAUAAUUUUAUUUUGCGUCUGUGCGGUAAAUCCAUUCGAAAAUUAAGAGAAUGCUAGAAGAUACGAAUACCAAUACAAAUACGAAUACGGAUUCGGAUGCACAAGAAUUUAAACUUGAAGAGCAGACUGAGUUACGGUUUGAAGUUGAAGCUAAUUGUAAAGUGAGUUUAGAAUUAAAAAGUGGAACUGCUGAAGUGUUUGGGACAGAAUUGGUCAAAAAUAAAAAAUUCAAUUUUUCUUCCGGUGAAAAAGUAGCAGUAUUUACAUGGCAUGGCUGUACUCUAGAAUUAAUAGGGAAACCUGAAGUUGCUUAUAUUUCGAAAGAAACUCCAAUGAUUGUAUAUGCUAACAUCCAUGCAGCGUUAGAACAAAUGCGAGUAAAAGCUGAAAAAGAAGAUGGAAAAGGACCAGUUGUGCUCGUUACUGGCCCUUCGGAUGUCGGUAAAACAACUUUAUGUCGUAUUCUGUUAAAUUAUGCUGUUCGGUUGAAUAGGCGACCUGUAUUUGUGGACUUGGAUGUUGAGUUAUCAUCGAUAUCAAUACCUGGUACAGUGGCUGCAUUACCUGUUGAAAGGGUUGCUGAUAUCGAAGAAGGUUUUUCCUCAACGGCUCCAUUAGUUUUUCACUAUGGCCAUAAGAGCCCAGGUAAUAAUAUCAUUUUAUAUAAUACCUUAUUAUCGAGAAUGGCAGAAAUAAUUGCAACUCGAGCUGUGGAGGGGAACCGAAGAGCAGGUGUUAGUGGUUGCAUAAUAAACACAUGUGGUUGGGUUAAAGGUGAUGGAUAUCAAUCUAUCAAACAUGCGGCAAAAGCAUUUGAAGUAGAUGUAAUAUUAGUUAUUGAUCAAGAAAGACUUUAUAAUGAAUUAGUUCGAGAUAUACCAAAAUUUGUGAAAGUUGUAUUUGUUCCAAAAUCUGGUGGAGUUGUUGAACGUAAUCAGAUAGCUAGGGCUGAAGCUCAAGAUAGUCGUAUAAGACAGUAUUUUUAUGGUGGCUUAAAAACGCACUUGUAUCCACAUUCAUUUGACGUUAAAUUUUCAGACGUGAAAAUAUAUAAAAUAGGAGCUCCAUCAGUGCCUGAUUCUUGCAUGCCUUUGGGUAUGAAAGCAGAAGAUAACAGAACUAAACCUGUUCAUGUGCAGGUUGGCCCAAAUAUAUUACAUCAUAUUCUUAGUGUAAGUUUUGCAGAAAGUGUAGAUGAUGAUGUCAUUACCUCUAACAUUGCCGGUUUUAUAUGUGUUACUAAGGUUAAUGUUGAACGUCAAGUUAUUACUGUUCUGGCCCCUCAGCCGAGACCUCUACCGAAAACUGUUCUUCUUAUAGGUGAUGUUCAGUUUAUGGAUGCACACUAAAAGUGUAUUGAAGACUUGAAAUUUUUUCGUUGACAGCGUAUUCCAAAUAUUGUCGUAAUAAUGAAAUACUUAGUAAAUAAUAGGUUAUCAUAAGCACUGAUGACUCAGUGUGACAUUUUUAUAUGAUUAUUUUAUAUUGUACAAAUAUUUAAAAUUAUAUAAUUAUGUAUUUUUAUACAGAUUAAACUACAUCUAAUAUUAA